AUGGCUGAGAUUUGGGGCAUGUAUGUUGGGGUUAAACUAGCAUCUGAGCUGGGGAUUAGGAAGCUGGUGGUGGAAUCAGACUCAAAGUGUGCUAUAACGCUGACUCAGAAGAUGUCACCGGAGAUCCAUGGUAACUCCUCCCUCAUUCGUUCUAUCAAAGAGUUGUUGGUGAAGAUGGAAGAUGUUGAAGUUAGACACAUCUACAGAGAAGCAAAUUUCUGUGCUGAUGCUCUUGCUAAACUCGGACAGGAACAUGAACUGGGAAUUAAAUUUUGGGAACAACCACCUCCAUGUCUGUUCCAUCAUUUGCUUGCAGAUGCAAGCGGGAUGAAAUUUAGUAGAAUUGUAGUGCAGUAG